UGACCUCUGCUUCCUGUUCAUAGUCCAAUAAGUUGUUCCUGCUCCCUUUCCUGUUACUGAUCUGUUAAUGAUUCAUGUAAAACUGAAUUCAUGCAGAACAGUGAAGGAGGAACAAGUCUUUAUCUAGAAACAGAAAGAGAGAUUAAACAUUCCCUGAAGGACACAGAAAUGGCGCAGCAAACUUUUCUGGAUAAAGAGAAGCUGAUCUGUUCGAUCUGUUUGGAUCUGCAGAAGGAUCCGGUCACUAUUCCUUGUGGACACAGUUACUGUCUGGAAUGUAUUCAGAACUUCUGGGGAGAGGAACAAAAAGCUCUCAGCUGUCCUCAGUGCAGACAAAGCUUCACUUCAAGGCCUGUCCUGGUAAGAAACACUAUUUUAGCAGAGUUGGUGGAGGACGCAAGAAAAGCAGAGCUUCAACCGUCUUCAUCUGAGCGUUCUCCAACUGGACCAGAACAUGUCGACUGUGAUUUCUGUGAAGGAAAGAAGCUGAAAGCUGCCAUGUCUUGUCUGACCUGUUUGGCUUCUUACUGUGAGCAGCACCUCCAGCCCCAUUUUAGGGUUGCUGGGUUAAAGAAGCACAAGCUGGUCAAAGCCACUCUAAAGCUUCAGGAGAACAUCUGUCCUCAUCAUGAUGAAGUGAUCAAGAUCUUCUGCCGCACUGAUCAGAAGUGUAUUUGUAGUCUCUGCUCCAUGGAUGAACACAAAGGUCAUGACAUGGUGUCUGCUGCAGCAGAAAGGGCUGAAAGACAGACAAAGCUGGGACUGGAUCGACAAAAAGUCCAAGAGAGAAUCCUCAAGUUAGAAGAAGAUUUAGAAGAGCUUCAGCAGACGGUGGAGACCAUCAAUCUGUCUGCUGAGAAAAGCAUCAAAGAAAGUCAGAACGUCUUCAAAGGUUUGAUCCGUCUCUUGGAGCAAAAAUGCUCAGAAGUGGAGCAGAAGGUCAAAUCCUAUCAGAUGGAGGAAGUGAGGAAAGUGGAAGAACUCCAGGAGAAGAUGCAGCAGGAGAUCACCAAACUGAGGAAAACAGAGGCUGAGCUGGACCAGCUCUCAUCUACAGAAGAUCAUCUCCAUUUUCUCAACAACUACUCCUCCCUGUCAGAUCUGAGUGUCUGCACAGACUUAGCCAGCUUUCAACAAGCUCAGCACUGCUUUGAUGAUGCUCUCAAAGCUGUGUCUGAGGCCACAGAGAAGCUGGAGGAGACUCUCAGAGACCAGACCACAAAGAUUUUA